GAUCCACAGAAAGGAAUAUCAAACAACAAUACGGUCAGGCAAACGUAGAAUUGGGACGCGAGGUCUCGGUGAGACUACAUAAUUAUAUUUGUGAUUUUCAAACUUUUGCAUUUGUAAUUACGACCAUGGGUGGCUGUCGGUGUACGUUUCGUGACUGUGAAAAUGGCACGGCGUCACGGAAGGAGCUGCACUACUUUCGGUAUCCCGUGCGCGAUCAAGAACGAUUGAUAGAAUGGGCGAAAAACGCGGACCGUCUCGAGUUUGUAGACCUUCCGGUGGACAAGGUGUCCAAUAAGGUGGUCUGCCAGGAGCACUUUGAGCGUAAAAUGUUCAUGAACGAUCUGCGCGAUCGGCUCACGAAAAUGGCGAUACCUCGGUUAAUGGUGAUGCCGGACGAAACCAUCGUAAACGUAGAAACGGGAUCCAUCUACAUCGAAGGCGACUGCAGCAGUUCGGUGCAAGACAAGACGGUUGAAUCAGUACAAACGUACUCACCGCAUCCAGCAAUGAGACAGAUUCGUCACAUCGAACACCAACAGCCAGUGCGAAGAGCGUCGGAUGAGACGCCGGUUAAAAAAAUAAAAAUACUAAACAUACAAAACCCAUCGCAUCACCAGAACAUUACUCCUUGCGAGAUCAUACGGAUUAAAACCGUAUCCACACCUAAUGGCCCAGCACGUGUGGGGAGACUGUUGAACAAGAAAGUGUUUUCCCUACCCAGUACAUCAGGGCCGCGUGCAGUGAAUGCAAAGCUUCUCAGCGAAGAGAACGAUGAAUCGGUAGUAUCCGACGGGAAUCUGAACGUUGAUCCGAUCCUUGUGGAGGACAGUGUACAAUUUUCUGAUUCAACGUCAUCAGCAUCAACGUCAUCGGCGAACAAUCAGCAGCAUGAUGCACCGAACUCCACCGUUGGGAAUACGGUUCAAUCGCCGCCAGAACCGGUCACCGUGCCCGUCAUCGAUCCUGCUCUAUCGGAAAAGAUGGACCAGAGUGUCCGCGAGAUAGAGAAACUCCAGAAGCUUGUGCAGGAACUGGCCAAUCGUCCGGUACCAGAGGUUCAACCAGCUGCAAUGCCGGAACGAGUGGUGAUGGAGCGAGGACCGCAGCUAACAAAGGCACAGCUUUUCAACAGCAUUAAACGAUACCUCAACCCGUCGAUGGUAACGCUGCUUCGAAUGGAACUGUUUGCGGGAUCGGCCGAUCGCCAGUGGAAGCCAGACGAGAAGAGUCUCGCCGUGGACAUGCUAAGUUUGGGCGAGGAGGUGUACGAUUACUUCAAGGAAGAGUUUCGCUUCCGAUUACCAUCGAAAAGCGAUGCCAAGCAGUGGAAGGAGACAGGUGACAUCGAUGUCGACGAUGCAUGCUAGCUGCGAACGAGCUAGAUUUUUUAAAAAUAUUUUUUAUUGAUAUGACAAUAUACUGGAUUGAUUUAAACCAUCCA